AUGGCAGGUACUUGUUUAGUAAGAGGCUCAAUCAACAUCGACGAAUUCUUUAGGGUACCACAUAUCGCUCAUGCUGGAGAAACGUUAUCUUCUACUGGCGAACUCACACGCCGUGCGGGCGGCAAGGGCGCCAAUCAAGCAGCGGCUAUCGCACGCGCAGGCGGGAACGUCCAGCUAGUCGGUGCGGUCGGCACGGACGGGGACUGGGUAAAGCAACAGCUUUCAGAGGCCGGAGUCGACGUCAAAGGCGUGCAUAUCCAUCCCGAAAUCUCAACAGGGAGGGCGAUCAUCCAGCUGACCCCCGAAGGGACGAACCACCUAGCCCUCCAUCCUCCGUCUUAUCACCUCGCCCCACCCAUCACCCACCUCCUGUUGCAGAACGAGAUCCUGCAGGAGACGACGCUGGAGUUCCUCAAGUAUGCGAAGGAGAAGGGGAUCCGCACUAUCUAUAACCCUUCACCUCUGCUGCCCAAGGAGGAGAUAGCCAAGUUUCCUUGGGGCAUGGUCGACUACCUCCUCCUGAACGAACACGAAGCAGCCGCUCUCGCGGACGCCACCGCUCCCCACGCACACGCCCACUCCCUCCCUCCCACCAGCAAAGCCCCUCAGAUCGCUACCGUUCUCACCCGCUUACAACAGCCUCUCUUCCAGCACUGCACGGUCAUCCUCACCCUCGGCGGGCAGGGUGUCGUGGCGCAUAUCUCAAAGGACGAGAUCUACUACCUACCGGCGGCGACUUUAAGGGGGACGGUGAGGGACAGCACUGGGGCCGGCGACUGCUUUACGGGGUACUUUGUCGAGGGACUCCUGAGCGGGAGGGAGAAGGAGCAAGACGGUUGGAAAGGGCUCUUGAGAAGAUGUGUCGUUGCCGCAGGAAUGUGCGUCGAACGGUCUGGAGCCAUGGGGAGUAUACCGACCGCUGCGGAGGUCGACGAGCGCCUGAACGAGCUGGGACAGAUGUAA